AUGUCUAACUCAUCAGAGAUUCCAAUCCCAAUUGCUUCUAGUUCAACAUUUCAAUCUACUUCAUCUUGCUCAAAGAUCUCAACUUCUGUCCAGAUGUCGGAUGGCACUUGCCUUCCUCUUUCUUUUCGUAAUUCUGGAUUCUCUCGCUUUCCAUUUACUACUCAUUCUAGCUCUCCAUCUCAUCAUGGUCCUCAAUCUGUUGAAAUGUCCUCUUCACCAUUUCGACCAUCAUCUCAAUCUAAACCAUCGGCCGCUCUAUCAUUCUCACUCGAAGCUGGUUUCUCUUUAUCACCUGCGGGCUUUCAUCCGGCUUCCUUUACCGGUCCUGGUUCAUUCGGUGCCUCUCAUCUGGCCCGCAUGGAGUCAGCCUUUUGUCAAAACUUCGUUUGUUGCGCGAUCCCUUUACGCGAUUUACAUGAUUUACUUGAGCAUUUUGAACAAGCUCAUUGUCACGCCGGUGAUAUCGUUGGAGUCGAUGGUUUCGAAGGUGUUACACUAGAUCAAAUGGCAGCAGGUGUGGGUCUUUCCGCCGAACUCGGUCUUGGUCCUGGCACCGCCCCUCAGAAUAAUAACUCCGAUUCCAAUGCUCGUCGCCGUCGUCGUCCACCAUCAGUUUCAGUCACUUCACGCGCCGCACCUGCCUCACACACUUUACAUGAGCUGAGAUUUGAGGAUGAAGAAGAAUGGAGCUCAGGACAUGAUACAAGUCGAAGUGGUUCACCGGCUCAUCUCAACCGGUCCCCUCUACAAUCACAUUCAGAGAUGCAAACCGGUUCAGAAGUUGAAGAGGACACAAUGACUCGAUUAGGAAAGACAUUGAGGGAAACACUUGGAACUCUAAGACCUAAUCCGAUCACCAUCGAUCGAUCUCGUAAUUCCUCAAAUUCACGUUCUCGGUCUGGUUCACUUUCCGAAUCUCAUGAUGAUAGAACUUCAGCAGCCGAUCGAGCACUUUCAGAUUUAAUCGCAAGUUUCAGAUCUAAAGCGCGUGGAAAUCGACAUGAUCCUCUUCAAAGUUCAAGACAUUCGAAACAUGAUAAUGGAAAUACAAAUGGGUUCUUUGGGCGAAUUGGAGUUGCACCAAGCGAGUUGGAUGGUAGAAAUCAUCGAAUGGAAGGAGGAGCCAUCGAUCCAGCCGUCUUACUCGAAAGUCACCCAUUUGAAGGAACUGAUGGACUAACCGAUUCAUUUGGUGAUGAUGAUAUUCCUGAUCAUCUUCAACUUGAUCCAGAGCAACUUUUAAAACAUCAACAACAGCAGAGACGUAGAAGGAGACCGAAUGUGGACCCGGUGACAGGUUUGACUCCUACUGGUCGAUUACCACGCCCUUGGACACCGGUUUCAGAAAAACCUUUCAAGUGUUCGGUACCGGGAUGUGAGAAAGCUUAUAAACAGCAGAACGGAUUGAAAUAUCACAAAACACAUGGACAUUCUUCUCAGGUAGAGUAUUUAGUUGAUCGCACUCUCUAUUCCAAAAGAUUGAUCUUUGUGUUUGUUGACUAUGAAUCCCAUUAUUUCAACAGGCCAUUCUCACAGCCGACGAAGAAUCCAAAGCGUUCAUAUGCCAUGACAUUGUAUGUGGGAAAAGAUACAAGAAGACCACAUGGAGCGUUGGGGAUCCAAUUACUUUCACUUGGAGUUCACCCACCUCCUCAAUAUCCUCCUGGUCAUAAGAAAUCUUCGAUGAUCAACUCUAGUAAUCCUUCGUUUUGUCCGCCGGCUUCUUCUUCUUGUUCUUCGCCUCCGUCUUUUUGA